AUGUCGAAUAAUGUUGAGGCUUGGGUCUUACUAUCCUUGGCCUUAGCCAUUAUCAUUGCUCGUGUUGCUGUACGAUGGAAGCUCGUUGGACCGGCCGAGUUUCAGCUGGAUGAUUAUCUGAUGCCAUUAGCAGGGGUGGUUUUCAUCCUCGAGACAAUAGCAGCAUGGUUCGUCAGUGAUAAAUACAAAGGCUUGACCAACAGCUACAUGUCAGACGAAGAGCGAGCGGCCCUUGAUCCCAACUCCGCCGAGUGGUCUUAUCGUGUUGAUGGGUCCAAGGCUGUGGUCAUUGGAUGGUCACUAUAUGUGGCUAUUCUCUGGCUCGUGAAAAUUAGCCUCGCGAUCUUCUAUUCUCGUUUAACAACCGGUCUCCAGAAUCUCCCCACCCGAGUACGACUAGCCUAUGUUAUUCUUGCCGUGACUUGGACGGCAACGCAAUUGACCAUACUGUGUUCAUGUCGGCCUUUCCAUGGCUUUUGGCAGAUUAGCCCUGAUCCCGGAAGAUUCUGUCAACCGACAAAUUCUCCAGUCUAUGUUCUCGUCGUCGUCGUGCUCAACGUGCUUACGGAUAUUUAUUUGUUGUUAAUUCCUCUUCCGCUACUCUGGACCGUCAACAUCAGCUUGAAACGAAAGAUUCCCCUUAUGGCCCUCUUUUCCGGUGCUGCAUUCGUCAUAGCAGCAGGAAUCGUUCGAGCUGUUAUUAUCAUGGCGUCCGGCCCCGACGGCGCUUUAGCUGGCUCUAGCUGGGCUUGUCGCGAAACAUUCGUCUCCAUCAUCGUAUCCAACCUCCCCAUCAUCCAACCGUUUAUCCGCAGAGGCUUCAAGAAGAUCGGCCUGUCACGAAUGAUGAGCUCCUCCAACAAACAAUCAGGAAACACAUACCCACUGUCCAGUCGAGGACUGACGAACCUUACCUCCCGCGGGGACAAGGACACAAAGAAAAGCAAAGCCAACUCGGCAGCACCUUCGCAUUUGCAGGUUUCUGCUUGGGGCAGUGAUGAGCACUUGACUGCCGAUCCUCAACCAGAUUCAAAAGAAAUUACUGUUGUUUCAGAGACUAUUGUCCAAAGUGAGCCCUGGAAUUUGGAUGAUGAACAUGGCAAUUCCUCCUCAACGCCCCCGAAGGAGUGGCAGGCUCACUUAGGAGGCCGAUGA